AUGUUCGUGGGCUACGAAGAAGUGUCGAAGGCGUAUCAAGUUUAUGACGUUGAGGCGGGGAAGAUGGUCGUCAGUCGUGAUGUCAGCUUCGACGAAUCCACCUUUGCACUUCCACCACCGAUCACUGAUGAAGUUGCCGAUGACCUGGACUUCAAAUUACUCAAUGAUGAAGAGCCGCGUCAGGUAGAGUACAAGCAAACAGGCAAGCGCAAGAGCCGCCUCGAUGAUGAAGAUGCAGCUGCUCAACGACUGCGUGCAUUGAGUCAACGGCCUGGACUAGUAGAGUCAAGCACGCCGGACAGCAACUCGUCAUGCUUAGAAGAAGACGCAGAAACGAAGGAUUCUGUUGAAUCAACUCCGCCUGUGUUUUGGCGUGCGAGUGCGAAUGCCGUAGAAACAGCAGCGGGUUUAUUGGAGUCUUCAACAUCUGAGGCAGCAGUGAGAAUCCCUGACAAAGUGCACUAG